UGACGCCUAGGUGGCAAUCACAUUCGUGGCGUAGUCUGUGUACCUUGGAAUCGAGGCGAUGGCGUCGGCGGCUACAGCGUGCUACCAGGCGCUUGGAGCGUCGCGAUCGCGGCAUUGUGAUCCUGCUGCCUUCGCCAAGGCUAGGGUUUUGGCGAGACAGAAGCACCAGCAGCGGCGAUUCCCCCGGCUACGCCAGGUCAGUGCGGUUCUAGACACUCCCAGCGAGAGGACAAACAGUAGCGAUCCAUCAGAGCCAGCAAGGGUUGCCCUGGAGAGGCUGUUCUUGGGCGGCGGCAGUGGUAGCGACCAGGGGCUCAUAGAGUCGGUCUUGGAUGGUGGAAGCGGCGUUUCUCAUGUAGUUAUCGACGAGGAGCUCAGGAGGAAGGAGGAAGAGCUUAAGACUGCCGAGACUGUGGCUCGAGAGGAUCACCACCAGCUAGAAAACACGAAGUUUGCGCUCGUUAAGAGAGAAGAUGUGCUCGAGGAUGCUCGGCAGGGGCAGGGAAAGAAGCGCGAUGAGAUUGGAAAUCUUUACAAGGAGCUGGUUGAGCAAGCAAAGGAGGCCGAGAAUGCGCAGAAGGUGGUGGACGAGCAGCAGCGCCAGCUCGAGGCCUUGCAGAGGACUCUCUCGAAAAAGCAGGAGGUGAUUGCUCGAUCCAAGGCUCAGAUCUUUGCCAAAGACGAGGCGCUUGCUCAGUGCCGCCGGGAGUUGAAGGUGAGAGACUCGCGGCUCAAGCAUGCAAACGAGGUGAUUGCACAGCAGGCUGCAGAGCUUAAGGAGCUUCGAAGUUCUCUCGAGCUAAAAGAGGCCGGGCUCAGGACUUUGGAGGAGAAUGUGAAGUUCAAACAGGAACAGAUCCAAAAGACCGAGGCGGACCUGAGCACCCGAGUGAUCGCGUACCUGAGCGUCGAAAGAGAGCUAAAAUCACUCGAGGCAGAUCUUUCGAAGAGCAAAGCGUUGAAUGUGGAGGCUGGGAAGGAGCUGAAAGGCGUCAAAGAUCUUCUCACGGAAGUGCAAGAAGAGUUGAGAUUCUCGCAGAUGCGACUUCAGCAGUACAAGAAAACGGUGGAGGAGCAGUCCAUACAGAUAAAAAGCCAGCAAGAAGAGAUCGCUCUGCAGAAGAGCCUGGUGGAGUCUUUCGAGUUAAGUCUGGCCGAGGCGAAGGAAAGAACUAAGCGAGAGGAGGAACAAGUACGACUCGCAAAGGAGUCAUAUAAGAAGCUUGAAGAGCAAUCCGCGAAUGAAAGGCUGGAGGCCGAGAAGCUACAGCUAGAGCUAAGAAACGAGAAGUCAGCACUGCAAGAAGCUACAACGGAGAUAAAUUCUCUCAAAAGAGAGUUACAGCAGAAAGAGACCGCUCUCUCGGAUACGCAGCUGGCUUUACGGCUCAAGGAAGCGGAGCUAACUGCGUCUCAGGUGGAGCUCCAAGAGCUAAAGUCAAACUUCGCCUCGAUGAAGCUGGAGCUGGAUCAGAAAAACAGCGAGCUGAGACACGCACAGACGGUGGUUAACGCGUUGCAGCAGGACGUGAAGCGUUUGAAGGCUCUGCUCAGCGCGAAGGAAGAAAAGCACGUCGAAGUGGUGGCUGCGCUGAAGGCCAAAGAGGAGGAGCUCGUUUCCAUGCGGAAGAAACUGGACGCCAACAACGUGAAGAUGUCUCAAGUCAACUUUGCCGUGGAGCAAAUCUCCGCGUUAUCGGAGGCGCUGGUGGACUCCAUUGCCGACGACAAGCCAUCACUCUUGAGCCGGGAGUCGGUACUCCGCCAGACGAACCACGAGCUCUUUGCUUCGAACCGUGCACUGCUAGAGAACGAAGUGCAGACGAUCAGGCUCCAGGAGCAAGCCGCGGAAGACGAGAAGAAGCUCCAGCAUCUGGAACAAGAAGUAGAAGCCGCGAAGGAGCUUUUGGUGGAAAAGGACCUCGAGCUUCAAGGCCUUCACAAAGCCAUAGCCAGCAAAGACAAUGAGCUGACGGAGAUACUAGAGCACAAGACGGACAGGAGCGGGGACUUCAUCGAAUUCUCGGAGCUCCAACCGGCCGUCUCGGCUCUCCAAAGCCUCGUCCAGCUAAGUGCCAACCUUUCCGACGAGGUGGAGUUGAUGGAUUCACAGGCGCAACAAGGAGAACGCAGCGAUCUUGAGACAGAGAUCCUCCAACGCGACGAAGCUCUCGUCCACACCAGGCAAGCUGUUUGCAACUUAGCCGAGCUAACCAGGCAACUCCUCGUCGAGAGUGGUCACUGACGAUCCAAUACGCGUGUAUAACAACGUAGCAGGCUCGAAGGUCACCGGUACCACGAGAGAAGAGAAACUUUGGUGAUCAUCCAAAGCUUGACAGAAGAGAGUUUGUAUCGGAGAGGAAGAUUUAUAGUGUGUAUACGCUGCUGUAAAUCUCGAGUGUAACUAAUGAAAUUUUUUACUUCAUUUACAGUUUU